AUGUCGUCGAGCUUGAGCGAAGACCAUAGCAGCACCAUCAGCAACAGCGACAGCAACACCAGCAGCAACAUCACCGGCCUCGGCACCGGCACCAGCGGCGGCGGCAAUAUCACCGUCCGGCCGGCGGCCUUCCCGGACAUCGCCCGCAUAGCCCGCGUAGCGGUGGACAGCCUGCCCGACGACCCAACAUUCGACUACCUGUGGUCACACCGCCACGAGUACCCAGAGGACAACUACUUCUUCUGGCAGCAGACGCUGAAGGGGCACCUAUUCAACCCGCGCUUCACGCUCCUAGUCGCAACACUCACCGCCCCCACCGAGGAGAAAUCCGCCCACUACGCCCUAUCCCCCGCACCACCCCCGCCGCAGGCGGAAACCAUCAUCGCCUUCGGUCUCUGGGAGCGUAACGGGCGGUCGCGGGCCGCGCGCCUCCGCCGCCGCGAGCGCAACAACUGCUACAACCGCCUACACCGCAUCCUAACGCGCCUCGAAACCUGGUCGCUCACGCACCACUACUCCCGGCGCGACUCCAACCCCCUACACCUUUCCGCGUUCUCCUCCGUCAUGAGUUCCGUACACAGCACAUACUGGACGUCCCGCUACCCCGAGAACUUCCAUCUGGACCUUUUGUGCACGCUGCCAGCGUUCCGGCGGCGCGGCGCGGGGACCGCUCUGACGAGGUGGGGGAUCGACGAGGCGCGGAGGGAGGGCGCCGCUGUGGGCGUGGAAAGCUCGCCUAUGGGAUUAGGGCUGUAUGAGGGACUCGGGUUUAGGUUGCUUGAGAAGAUGGUCGUUAAUGUGCAGGGUGAGGACGAGGAGCUGGUUGUUAGGGUGAUGAUGGAGGCGUGGGGCGGUGACGGGAUAGGGCUGGACUAG